AUGCUCUUUUCUGAUUCUCUCUCUCCGAAUCACCCCCCUGAAACAGAGAGGGACCCCCCAAUUCCCGCCGUGCACAAAUGUAUUACACAGAUCCAGGGAACGUCUCCGUUCUCACUCUUCACACCUAGCAGAUCGUCCUUGCUUCCGCCCCCUUCUCUCGUUCCGACCUUUCAUGGAUGUCGCGUGCGGUCGAACCCGCAAGUUAGUCUGCUCACGCUAGGACAGGGGUCCGUGUACAUGUUGAAGACGACUGCAAGUUGA